AUGGAUCUUGAGGGUUUUACAGAUCCCCCAAGUGUUUCUUUAAUAAGUCGACUGCUACGUGGAGGAUCGAGAAGAGAAGAUAUAGAAGGCAAAAAGGAUUAUUCAAUAGAUGGAAUUUUAGGUGGUAGAGAAGAUGAUAGCGAUACCGAAUCGGAACCAGGAAUUCCAUUAAAACGAAAACAACGAAGGGCAAGAACGACGUUCACUGGGGAACAAUUGGAGGCUUUAGAACGAGCUUUUACUAAAUCCCAAUAUCCGGAUGUUUAUACGCGAGAAGAACUAGCUCAACAAACCGGAUUAACCGAAGCUAGGAUUCAGGUGUGGUUUUCAAACCGUCGAGCACGUCUCCGGAAACAUUCAACGAACGGUGGUGCCACCUUAAGUUUCGGUUCACUACCUUUAACCAACCCUUGUCAGUACAGCGUUGAAAAUUCCUCUUCUCAAUCCGAUUGGCGCAACACGGCUCAAUACGGAAAUUCUUACGUUUUCCAACAAGCAGCACACAAUCAUUACGUACAUCACACCAGUAAUAACCAAGAGGGCGCGCGAAACGAUUACGCCGCCCUCUUCGACGCUAAUUACGCGUUUGCGCACGCGCAAAUGGCCCACGCGCAAUCGCACAUCGCCGCACAGUCUUCGGCGGCUAUUUCCAAUUUAAAUUUAGCGAACGAUUUAAGCGGGGGUAAUAGGAAGGAAGGGGAGAAGGAAAUGAAUAACGAGACGGCGAAUUGGGCGAAAAACGGCGUUUGGGGUCAUCAGAAUUGCUUGAAUGUCGGUGACAUGCAUCAAUUUAAUCCGGAAAGUUAUCAAAGUGGUAGUAAUCAGUAUUCGAAUGUUGUUGGUAAAAAUUAUUGGGCAUAAAACGAAUCACUUUAUUAUUAUUAACUGUGUAUAGUGUUUAUAGUGUGUUUGAAACUUUUUUUUUUUAAUAGUUGCUAGAACACUUGAUUAUUUUACUACAUCGAAUUUUAAAGUUAACCUUCCAGUACCCACGCUUAUGUUUAUCUAAAGAAAUGGUUGCCGGGAAAAGGAUUUACAAGCUUUAUUUUUUAUAUUAAAUCUAUACAGGGUGUCUCAGCGAGA